GGCGCCACUGCUACCAAACCACCCGCACAAUCAGCGUAUACGCAAAGAAUAUCCAAUAAUCCAAUUGAAAAUAACAUAUUCGUGUUGAUUCGUGUACUUUACGAUAGUGUUUGAUUAAAUUGAAUAAAUUAUUUGAGAUUUCUUUCUAAGCUUAGUGCGUAGUGUUCAAAACCAUAACGUAACAAGUGUCGAAAACAGUGAAUAUGGAGGCAGGCGAAAAGAAUCCUGCUCAGUGGGCCAUAGAUCUUUUGUUAAAACCACCUCUUUAUGAAAAACCGUGGUAUAGCAGUCAUUAUGGUGAAUUGCUUCUCGGAUUUGCCGGGUUUAAUGCACCGAUGUUUAAGAAUAUAUGCACAUCAAAACCCAUGUUUGCCCAUUUUCACCACUGUAUUAUUGGUUGCGGAUUAGGCAUUAUAGCGGGAUAUGUACUAACAACAGUGAGCGAAUAUUACUAUGCUAGACGUGAUGCGAUAAUGGUAGAUUAUAUUAGACGUCAUCCAGAACGUUUUCCUGAGCCACCAAAAGUAACAUUUGGAGAAAAAUUGGAUACAUGGUGCCCAAUACGCUAGAUAUUAUAAUAUCUUUUUAAAGUGUUGCAAUGCUUGAUUGUAAUACUCGAUAAAAGAAUAAAAUGUACAGAUAACCAUUGUGUCUUAUGUGAAUAUGUUAUACUCUUACAUGGUA